AUGAGGUUGGAGAAAUGCUGGUUCUGUUCCUCUACCGUAUAUCCUGGACAUGGUAUUCAAUAUGUUAGGAAUGAUGCAAAGAUCUUCCGUUUUUGUAGAGCUAAAUGCCACAAGAACUUCAAGAUGAAGAGGAACCCUCGUAAAGUUAAAUGGACCAAGGCUUACAGGCGUCUGCAUGGAAAGGACAUGACUCAGGACGCAACAUUUGAAUUUGAGAGGAAACGAAAUAGGCCAGAGAGAUAUGACAGGAAUCUCACGGAGAACACCCUGAAAGCCAUUAAGAAGAUUGAUAAAGUUAGAGUUGAUAGGGAGGCGAGACAUCAUGCAUCGAGGAUGAAGGGAAAGAGAACCAAGGAGCAGAGAGAGGCUGCAAAGGAGCUGGAGCAGAGCAUCCACAUGGUCAAAGCUCCUGCUGCCCUCCAGCAAGAGCCAUCUCUCACCUUACCGAAGAUCAAGGUCAAGGUUUUGCAGCAGCAAUCAGAGGAAAAUUGCAUGGAAGAGUGA